AUGGACGGCAAGGAAGCUGUAGAUCGUGACAUCGAUCUAUCCGACUUGAAGGACCCUGCCAAUACCUUUGAACUCAUGGAAAUUGUAGGCAGAGGAACUUAUGGUCUUGUAUAUAAGGGCCGCCAUCGAAAAGCUGGAAAACUAGCUGCUAUUAAAAUUAUGGGAAUAAAGAAGGAUGAAGAGAAAGAGAUCAAACUAGAAAUUAAUAUGUUAAGGAGGUUUUCCAAUCAAAAGAAUAUCGCAACGUAUUAUGGAGCAUUCAUUAAACAAGGCUCGCCAGGAUGUGAAAGUCAACUUUGGCUUGUGAUGGAGUUCUGCGGCGCAGGUUCGGUCACUGAUUUAGUCAAAGGAUCAGAUAAGCAAUUACUUAAAGAAAAUUGGCUUGCCUAUAUUUGUCAAGAAGUCUUACAAGGUCUGAGUUACCUACAUUCUCACAAAGUUAUCCAUAGAGACAUAAAAGGACAAAAUAUCUUGCUAACAGAGAAUGCUGACGUAAAAUUAGUCGACUUUGGUGUGAGUGCUCAACUUGAUAAAACAGUCGGACGCAGAAACACAUUUAUCGGAACACCUUAUUGGAUGGCACCUGAAGUCAUUGCAUGUAACGAUAAACCAGCAUAUUCUUAUGAUCACAGAAGCGAUGUUUGGUCCCUUGGAAUUACAGCUAUUGAAAUGGCUGAGCGUCAGCCUCCUCUAUGCGACGUCCAUCCAAUGAGGGCUCUAUUCCUGAUCUUAAGAGGUCCUUCUCCAAAACUGAAAUCACCUAGAAGAUGGAGUCGAAGUUUCGUCAACUUUGUGGGCAGUUGUUUAAUCAAGAACUAUACUAGAAGGCCAACCACUGAUCAUAUGUUACAGCAUGACUUUAUUCGCAAUCAACCUGAUUCGAGACACACAAGAAUACAAGUUAAAGACUAUCUAGAUCGUUUGAGAAGGAAACAAUACGAGCAAGUCGCUGAAAGAGGAAACUCAAACGGAUUUGUUAGCUAUGAACAAGAAGACGAAGAAGAAUCUGAUACCCUGUCGAAAAAUGAGAAUAAUGGAGAUGAAGCAUCUCCCAUUCCAGCCCCUGGAGGAUCAACAUUAAUUCGAAAUCUGACUCUUAUGCAAGGUGGAAAGAUGUUACCCGAGCUAAGUGAAUCCGUCGACGAAGAUGCUAGCACUCAACCAACUAAUGAUAGAAUUGAUGACGAACCAGCACCAAGAGCUUCAAAAGAAGAUUCCGCAAUUCACGAAUUAAGACAAAAACAGAAGUUACCUGUCUCAAGAGAACGUAGUGCCUCUGCUUCAGUGACUACACCCUCAUCGUCACAUUUGCCGGUAACCUCUCCACAUUCUAAUAUAAUGAAAUCGCCUAUGGAGUCUGAUGACGACGAUGAUAACGAAGGCUAUGAUCACGGACCUACUAGCAACUUGCUUGGUAAUUCCGAAGAAGGCGAAACGGAAGUUGUUAGAUCGGAAGAAUUUAUGGCUGUAUUAAAUCCAUCAACACUUCGAAAUGGAACUCAGAAUAUGGGAAGGCCCCUACAACCAGCUUCUGCACCCAAGAAACAAGGAACCGGAGGUGGUAAUAGCAGCAGCAAUCGCUCAAGUGAUUCUCAGCAAUUAAUGCAAAGAAUUAAUGCUUUGAAAGUAACCGAAAGUGAAGCUCAACGUAGUAGCAACAACACCAUCGACAGUCUGGGUAGUGCCGGCAGCACGAUUGAUUCAUCAGACAAUACGCUCAAAAAAAAUAAUUCAAAAUUGAGUAUAGUGUCAGGUGCUGAUGGAUACAAUACUAUUAGGAGCGAAGAAACCCCACUUGUUAGUAAAUUUAAGAAAAAAUUUUACAAUGAAGUCCUUUGCGCUUCUUUGUGGGGUGUAAACUUGUUAGUUGGGACUGAUAGUGGUUUAAGUCUUUUGGAUCGUAGCGGAAAUGGAAAAGUAUUUCCCUUAAUUACUCGGAGGCGAUUUCAACAGAUAGACGUCAUGGAGGGCCAGAACGUUCUAAUUUCUAUAAGUGGAAAAAAGAACAAACUGCGUAUCUACUUCCUAUCAUAUUUGAAGGCUAAAAUUCUGAAAAAAGGCGAUGAAACAUUGGAUAAAACGACGAAAAGAGGAUUUAUUUCCGUUGGAGAGUUAGAAGGAUGCACUUAUUAUAAAAUAGUAAAAUACGAUCAAAUAAAGUUUUUAUGCGUUGCACUGCGAAACAGUAUCGAAAUAUAUGCUUGGGCUCCGAAACCGUUUCAUAAAUUUAUGACCUUUAAGUCAUUUACAAAUUUAAGUUACUCUCCGCGAAUUGUCAGUAUGACUGUUCAAGAAGAACAAUCCCAGAUCAAAGUAGUCUAUGCUUCUAAAAUUGGUUUCCAUGCUAUAGAUAUGGCUACAGGGUCAACUAUCGACCUGUAUAUUCCUAGACUAUCAUUGCGGGAAGAAGUCUUCGCACCACAUAGCAUAAUCACUGUAGACGCGUAUAUUGGAAGUAACAGAGUAAUGGGCUGGGGUGGAAAAGCCCUCGAAAUACGUUUGGCUUCAACCGGCAGAUUAGAGGGUGUACUGAUGCACAGAGGAGCACAGAAAUUGAAAUAUCUAUGCGAAAAGAAUGAUAAGUACCGUUUACCAGGCUUCGAUGGGUCUUUGCAAAUUAUAAAUACCGCUUUAUGUAUUGAUUCUCUAGUUAAUUAA